UUGUCUGAUACUUGGGUGUCUUAAAGCACUUCAAGACUGGUCUGUCGGAAGUCAUGCUGCUCGGUAUUCUCGUCUUGGUGGUAGUGCACAUAUCUGUGGUCACGUGCGCGAUGCUGGCGGACGUACAGAGGCUGCUGGACGACUUGUUCGCGCCGAAUGUGUACAACAAGGAGAUUCGCGGCACACUCGACCAGUCACAGCCAACCCUGGUCAGUGUGGACCUGGGACCAAAGAACAUCAAGAGCCUACGUGAGGUUGAGGAGACUCUUGAGAUGGUGAGUGUGAUCUUUCUGACCUGGACUGACCAGCGUCUCGCCUGGGAGCCCGACCACUACAACGACACGCGUGUGGUGUUCCGUCCGGCGACCAGCGUAUGGCGCCCGGAUGUGGUACUGGAAAACCCGGCCACCAGGGGGAUGUUAUACAAGGACAUAGACAGGGCCUACACCGUCCAUACUUACACAGGACAAGUCUCUAUAGCUCUGGGAGACCUUAUAGCGACCAAUUGCCCGUUAGUUAUGACGUCAUAUCCGUGGGACGAGCACUGGUGUGCGGUCACAUUGAUUGUCAUGGGCUAUACAGCGGACCACGUGAAACUGGUUUCCGUGCAGAAAGGGGAAAUGGCCAUCCUGCCUGGCUAUGAGCCUAGUUCCUCAUGGGGUUUGAUUCGCAUGCGUACACUCGACAAAUCUUACGGAACUAAAUCCCUUAUUUCAUUUGAGCUAAGAUUGCGAAGACAACCGGCUUUUGUGACAAUAACGAUUGUUCUCCCGGUUGUCGCCCUUACGUGCAUGAAUAUUUUCGUUUUCUACAUUCCUGUCGAGUCCGGUGAGCGUAUUUCGUACUCUCUGACAAUUCUGUUGUCAGUGACCUUGUUCAUAUCAAUGGUCGGAGAGAAGUUACCAUCAAACGGGGACGGGAUCGCCUCCCUGUGUUACUUCCUCGUGUUCGCUAUGUUCAUCAGCGGCGUCACUUGUUUGUGCAACCUCGUCACUCUGAAACUGUCGUCAAAUGCGACAUCUGGAAAGCCGGUUCCUUCCCUUUUACAGGCUCUGGUAAAUUGUAGAAAAAAAUGUAAGCAAACGUUAUUUUGUACUAGCAAAAACUCAACUGUGAACAACAUUGACAAAGAAAGUAAUAUUCCUGAAACGAAUGAUGUUGUUAAAAUAGGUGAAAAACAGAGUGGUGUUAAGGAAGACUCUCAAGUGGAGUCUCGACCGCCAGUGACGUGGAUGGACGCCAGCCGCUGGUUUGAUGGCGUCUGUGUGAUCACCACUGCGACAUUUCUGAUCUUAGGUGGAUCCAUGUUCACCUAUAAUGUAAUCAAUGGACAGAUACCGUAAUAAGAUGCAUUUCCUGGUUUGUAUCAAAUGUGUAUGGAUCUAAUGUGAAACAAAAUCUAAAUUAUUUCGAUUUAUAUUAGAAUUAUGCACAUCUGUGUUAACUUCAAACAUAG